AAUAAAGUAAACCAGGCCUAAAUAAAGUUAGUAGAAGAGAGAUUUAAUAUUAAAGUAGUAAUGAAUCUUACCAAACGAAAUAAAAAAGUGUUACCAUCAUCCUAAAACAUAUUUAAUAUAAAAAUAUUGCAAUUAUUAUGAAAGGGGGAUAAUAGCUACUCUCCGAUGGAGGGCGCACACCUUCCCCUUAUAUUGGAUGCCAAUAGUGAGCCCCACUCUUGUAUUUAUCGAACUUCAUUCUCAUCAAAAUCCAGUUUACAACAUACAUAUGAACAUUUUACAUAAGAAAUCACAAUACGUGACGUCAAGCAAAUUUCUCCGAUCUCCACCUCGCCUCAGCCCAGGAUAGUAUAAAAUCCGAUUUCGAAAUUAAGCUUCCCACAUAAUAUAUUUGUGAUCCAACACCAACAGGGCCAACUUCAUUCCUAUACAACAUUCAAUCACCCUCGUUCUAAGUUUCACGCCUGCGUUCUCCCCAGACCAUCAUCAUUAUUUUUUACUCCCAUUUAAAUAUAAUACAACCACCAUCAAAAUCCUCUUCUUCAACUUCUUCUAUCUUAUUCUUCUAUAUAUAUUUACUUUAUAUUAUUCAUACUCUUUACUUCUACUCUUCCCCUCCUCAAUUCCUCAUUCUUUCUCUGCAUUCCUUAAACUCCUCCUUUCUCUCUCCUCUCUCUCAUUUCUUCUGUGUGUGUUUCAUUUUCCAGCUAAUCCACCUAUAUUACCGUACUAAAUACAAAUAAAAACAAACUCAACCAAAAACAAACAAAAAAACCCAUUUUUUUCUCUCUUACUUGCUUACUUUCUCUCUCUACAGUUCAUUUUCUCUUCCUAUGAGACUUCCCUUCCGAUCAAUACUGUGCAAUCAUUACAAACACACUUCAUUCCUCUCCCUUUUCAACCCCAUUCAACUCAAACACCACCAGCCGCCACCACCAACAACAACAAUACAAAUGAACACCUUCUCUUCCGCCGCCUACGCCCGCCUUAGACGGCGGCGAGUAAAGGAAAAAGACCAAAAACUCGUCAUCGUAAUGGGUCCCACUGGUUCAGGAAAAUCAGGUCUUUCAAUUGAACUCGGAACUUAUUUCCCUUCUGAAAUCAUCAACUCAGAUAAAAUCCAACUAUACAAAGGCCUCGACAUUACAACCAACAAAAUCCCAGUUAUAGAACGACUUAACAUCCCUCAUUACUUACUAGAUGAAAUCGACCCGAAAAAACAACCCGAGUUAACCCCAUUACAAUACCGACUUCGCGCUUCUUCCGUCAUUUCCGGAAUCAGUUCUCGCCGAAAACUCCCAUUAUUAGUGGGCGGGUCAAACUCGUUAAUUUACGCUCUUUUAUCCGACCGGUUUAAUCCGGAUUUGGACCCGUUUUCAGGGUCAGACCCGGUUUGCUCGGAGUUACGAUACAAAUGCUGCUUCCUUUGGAUUGAUGUUUCAUUACCAGUAUUAAACGAGUAUUUAAUCAAACGAGUUGAUGAUAUGCUUGACUCGGGCAUGGUUAGCGAGUUAGCCAAGUUUUACGAGUCAGAAGUUGAUGAGUUGGCGCCUAACACAGGGCUAACAAAGGCAAUUGGUGUACCAGAAUUUGAACGGUACUUCAGGUGUGCUAGUGCUAAUGCUCACCAGAGAGAUGAUCAGGUGCUGAGAGGUGUAUAUGAUGAAGCAGUGAAGAAUAUCAAGGACAACACGUGUCAACUUGCGAAAAUACAGAUGGAGAAAAUCCAACGGUUGAGAAAUGCUGGCUGGGGUCUACAUAGAAUCGACGGUACUGAUACGUUUAGAGCGGUUUUGGAUGGGAGUAAGAAUUGGAGUGAUAUUUGGGAGAAACAAGUAGUGAAUCCAAGCAUUAAAAUUGUGAACAACUUCUUAGAGGAGUGAGUAGGUUUAUAUUUACAGCUUUUUUCCUCUUUUUUUUUUAUUUUUUAUUUUUUUUUUUUUUUUUUGCCUGAAUAUUAACUACUACCAUGUAUAUAUGGUGGGGAAAGGAUUUUUUUUUUAGGAUGCUAGUCUAAUUUUAAAAAAAUUUUGGCCUUGGUUUUUCAUAAAUUCAAAACACAGUAGAAAAAAAAGGUAGGAAAUUUUGAAAUAUAUGAUGGUUUCCUUACUUUCUCUGUAAUGUACUUGGCGUGGAUUGGUAGUGUUGUUACAGUGGUGCGUCAUAUGACUUGAAGUUGAAUCUCGUCUACAUGAUAACAAAUUUUUUAUCGGUACCUAACAAAUUAUAAGAAAAUCUUUUACUUGGUGGACAUAUUUUUGUUUUUUGUAUUUUGUUUAUUUUUUAACUUUUCAUCAGUUUGAUUUGUUAAUAUCCCACCAUGUAGAUGAUGAUCUAAACCUUUGUAUCUUUGCCUUUACCUUCAUUUGAGUUUUGGCAGCAAUUUGUACAUUGUGAGACGAUUAACCAACAGUUUUUUAACAUCUUCUAGUGUUACAUGAUUAUUCUCAUCUUUUAUUUUAAUACAUUGGAUAAGCAUAACAUAUUAAUAUGUUCCUAGUGUAUUAGUUUUGGUUUGGAGUUUCUCUUUGAUGUGCUACUUCAUGUAUACCCUUUAAAAUAUAC